UUCCACUUCACUCCUCUGCUAGGGUUUGGCAAGAUGCUAAUUCGACGAACCCUAGGGUUUUCUAAAAGAAUCCAGUCUGCACUCCGAUUCCCGGCUGCUCGGAUUCUAUCCAAUAUCAAUCCCUGCUUCGCUUUAUCUGGUUCACCAGACAUUUGUGCGCAAAUUUGUUCCAGUUCAUCAACGUGGAGUAAACACCAUUGGCGUAUGUUAUCAGGGAUCAUGCUAUUUGGACAAACAGCACUAUUUAUUGGUUUGAGUGAGAACCUUGUAUUGGCUGAAGAUUCUUCUGUGGUUGAUAAUGAUCAAGGGCAGGGUUUUUUAGCUGGUUUGCGCCGAAUUGAAGAUGGUUCGGUGAUAUCAAAUGCACAUACAUCUAAGUGGAGAAUUUUUACUGAUAAUGGCAGAGAACUUUUUCUUAAAGGCAAACUAGAUGAAGCUGAGAAGUAUUUCUUGGCAGCUUUGGAAGAGGCGAAAGAAGGGUUUGGAACCAGGGACCCUCAUGUUGCAUCAUCAUGCAAUAAUUUGGCAGAGCUUUACCGGGUGAGAAAGGCUUUUGAAAAAGCUGAGCCAUUGUACCUGGAAGCUAUUAAUAUUCUAGAAGAAUCAUUUGGGACUGAUGAUAUACGUGUAGGUGCUGCUUUUCACAACCUCGGACAAUUUUAUCUUGCUCAGCGGAAACUAGACCAAGCACAUGCAUGCUAUGAGCGGGCUUUGAAGAUAAAGGGACGGGUUUUGGGGUAUGGCCAUACAGACUAUGCAAACACAAUGUAUCAUCUUGGAACGGUUUUGCAUUUACAAGGAAAAGAAAAGGAUUCUGUGGCUCUUGUUCAGGAGUCUAUCAGGAUAUUGGAGGAAAUUGGCCAAGGUGAAACAACAACAUGUGUCCGUAGGAUGAGGUAUCUUUCACAGAUGUUACUCAAGUCUAAUAGAUUGGUUGAGGCUGAAAAUCUGCAGAGGAAGAUCUUGCACAUUUUGGAAAUCUCGAAGGGCUGGGAUUCUAUGGAUACUGUAGUUGCAGCUGAAGACCUGGCCUUGACUCUCCAGUCCCUUGGAAGCCUACAGGAUGCUCAAGAACUAUUGGAGCGGUGUCUGGACAUCCGAAAAACCAUUAUUGCAGAAGAUCAUAUUCAGAUUGCUGCUAAUAUGCUUCAUUUAGCAAGAAUAGCAUUGCUCAAAUCUAACCAGCUGAGAAGAAUGAAAAUUGCUGAUGCAAGAGGUGAGGUUGAAAGGGCAAAAGUUCUUUUGGAUGACUCCAUCAGGAUAGCAAAAACCGCAUUGAAUCAGUCAAGGAAGAAACAGAGUGUUCAAAAUAAUAGCACACAAAAAAAUUUGAAGGAUGAACAUGUGGCACUAAUUAUACUUUUGCAAUCACUUGACACCAUUGGCCUUUGGGAGGCUGCAAAGCAUGAGUUAGGAGAAAAGGAAGAUCAUAUAUUUCCUUCAGAGGCUGAACUUGCCCUUCGUGAAUGCUUAUCAAUAAUCAAGGAGGUAGGAGAAGAACAAAACAGAUGCAACCAAAGACACGAAGAUGAGAAUAGACAGGAGGACGAUCAUAUAAACAUUCAAAUGGAGACUUGUUGCCAAGGUGUUGAGGACUCAAUAUUCAAGGCACGGACAAGUUCCAAGAGAUGUCUAUUUUUUCGUUCAGCAAGCCUAUUUUGUUCAGGUGUGUAAGGGCAACAACGUGUUGAUAUGAUUGAAGCUGGCUGCAGUGAAUAGCAUGAUUGAGUUGAAGAGACUGUCUUGGUGGAAAUAGAAUGUGAUCAAGGGUAAGAGUGACAUUUCAAGUGUUUGAAUGUCAAUUAUUUCCGUUGAGGUUUGAGAGGGGAAAAGCGAAUGACUGAGAUUAAUACUAUCAAGAUAAUUGGUUGAAGUUCGAGGCAGUCUCAAGAUUGGUUUUCCAGCGGACGGCCAGGAUUGGAUCAUCAAAGAGGUGCGUGUUAGUUCGAGGCAUUGGAGUUAGUCGGUUGGGUUAACUAAAGUGCACCAUGUUGCAGGGUGACUCAGCGAACCGGUUUCCUUUUGGUCACUAAGUUUCUGUAAAGAUAUAAAGCUUAGUUCUUUUGUUAAAUUUAGAGAUUUGUUUUUGUUUUUUUCUUUGAAUGUCUUUUCUUGUAUGAAUUAUUCUGUCUUGUAGAAAUGUUAUUAAAGAUUUGAGUUAUAU